GGCGCGGCCCCGGGGGUCUGCAGGAGGAAGGAGGAGGCCGGUGCCGGGACCCUCGCGGCAGACAUGGACUUGCCUUGUGAUUGUGCUGCCGGAACUCCGGCCUCCGAGCAGCCGUCGGGGAAGAUUAACAAAGCUGCUUUCAAAUUAUUCAAGAAGAGGAAAUCGGGUGGCACCAUGCCCAGCAUAUUUGGGGUCAAAAACAAAGGGGAUGGGAAAGGCACGGGUCCGCCGGGCAUGGUGAGGAGCAGGACCCACGACGGACUAGCCGAGACCGUCCCCCUUGUCGACUCCGACUGUGGCAGCGGCCGGGCGUCUGCCGUCCCUGACCCUUCCUCUGUUGAUCCGCCCUCAGACCCAUCGACCGAUCGUAUUUGUUUGAUGUUUUCUGACGUGACUUCACUGAAAAGCUUUGACUCUCUUACAGGCUGUGGAGAUAUUAUUGCAGACCAAGAGGACGAGGCAGGGCCCAGCUGUGACAAGCAUGCCCCGGGGACAGGCAAGCCAGGUGUGUCUAAAAAGAACCCCAGCGUGGUGGCCUACCAAGGAGGCGGGGAGGAGAUGGCGAGCCCGGAUGGGGUGGAUGACACCUAUCUGCAGGAAUUCUGGGACAUGCUCUCCCAGACUGAGGACCAAGGACAAGGGCCCCCCGAGGGACUGGCUAAGGCCGCCGCAGCACUGGACGCCAAGGGGGCUCCCGAAACCUCCAAAGACACCAGGGGGGUAGAAGUGGCCAAGGACGUGUCAUCGGUCAAGCGCAGGAGGCUCAACCGCAUUCCCAUUGAGUCGCAGCCCAAGGAGGAGCCCAAGCACCUGCAGAAGGAGCAGCAAGAAGGCGUCCCCAACAGUGAUGAGGGCUACUGGGAUUCCACCACCCCAGGCCCCGAGGAAGAGGGCACGGGUAGCGGGAAGAAGGCGGGCAUCUCCAGGGAUAGCUACAGCGGCGAUGCGCUCUACGAUCUCUACGCGGAUCCAGAUGGAAGCCCGGCAGCCCUUCCUGCCAACGAGGAGGUGUCCUGUGUGUCUAGGUUAAAGCCCGUGUCUCCGGGCACCAUCACCUGCCCACUGCGAACACCAGGCAGUUUGCUGAAGGACUCUAAAAUCCCCAUCAGCGUCAAGCACCUCGCCAACCUUCCGUCCAGCCAUCCCGUGGUGCACCAGCAACCAGCCAGGAGCGAGGUGCCCAGAACAAAAAUCCCGGUGUCCAAAGUGCUCGUCCGCAGGGUCCACAACCGAGGCUUGGCUGGGACCACCAUCCGGGCAGCGGCCUGCCACGACAGUGCCAAAAAGUUGUGAGGUCUUUGAGGCCAAGAUGGAUGGACCACAUGUCAAGGAAUACAACUUUCCCCGGUAACCACUGACAUAAGUUCUGCUUUUCCUAAAGAAAGGCUUUGAGGACCGUCUCUGCUACAGAGCCUGGACCAAGGGUCUUUGUCCCCGCUGGGGCAGGAGACACUAGAGAGGGAAUCCACACUGCACAUGGAAGUCUCCUCCCCAAGAUAAGCACUUUUUUUUUCUUUUUAAAAAUAUGUUUUCUGUCUUUUUUCUUUAAUGCACUGAAUACUUGGAAGUCAUCUUUACUUGCCUUUUCAGAAAGAGGACUCAACCAAACCGAAGUAAGUGUCAGGCCAUGAUGUUUGGCCAUGCUAGGGUCCAGAGGUCUGGAGGAGCCACUGCAAGAAUCAGAAGAGCCCUCCUCUUCCAUGAUCCUUCUCUCCCCCUUCCCCUUCCCUUCCAGGGUGUGGGGCGGGGGGCGGGCAGGGAAGACCCUCUGCUGUAUGGAAAACACCUAGGAAGCUGGGGGAAAAAAAAACACCCCAAAACAACCAGAACAGGUAUUACCUGAUGAGCAGAGGGCAUCACUGAUUGGCAGAAAAUUUUCCUAGUUUCAGUUGCUAGGUAUGCAAAUAGGUAAAUAUCUACCACUGGGACAAGAAAGAAGAAUUUUGGGUUGAUCAUUUGUUUGGGGAGAAAAAUGCUCAGCAGAGCAGGUUUUUUUCUUUUUGUUGUUUUCCCGCCCCAUGCAGAAAUCAGGACGGGGGAAAGAUUUCGUUACAUGCCAACAGACCCAACGUUGCAGCAUUUAUCAACUGUCACUUUUUCAUGUGUAGAUAAUGCAUAUUUUACCGUUUAUCCAGCUGUUAACAUUUUAUAAUCUGUUCGUAACCUCAAGUUUAAAACCUGGUUUUAUAGCUAAAUAUGGUAGCUGUCCCCAAACCAUUGAUAUGCUUUUAUGUGCUGUAACCUGCAGCAAUUCUGUUUAUGUUUUAAAUGGGUUCUCUGGCUUUCAGUGCACUAACAAACAAACAAAACUAUUGUGUUGCUGUUCCAGAGCAUUGCUUCUGCCUUGUCUUGGUAGGAGUCUGUUUCUUACACAAAAUCUUGAUUUUUUUCAGAGAUUUUACCUUUGUUAUAAAAAAUUUUGGAUUCAACCGUCCCUCAAUAUGGGGAUUCUAAAGUGAGGAACACACAACAAACAACAAUAGAAAAAUAUAGUUUUUCAUUUCAUUAGACUUCUGCUUUAUAGAUUUAUGACUGUGACAGGUUAUGUUCAGAAUAUAACACUGGCAAGCUUAUAUAUCAUAAACACUUUAUGCCAAGAUAUUUUGAAAAGUGGCUUACUUUGUGUACAUUCCCUAUUAUUUGAGAUGAAAUAUUUAUUUCAGAAAGGGUUCCCAUAUGCCUCGGUAAUUUGAAUUAUAAACUGACGCAGUUCCUAGAAUACUAUUAGGGUCUAAUGAUUCUACAACAGUGUCUGAAAUGCACUUCAGAGAGUUUAAUCAAGAGACCAGAGUUUCUGCUAGGAAGUGACUCAUGGUGUCAGGAAGGUAGACAUAUUCAAGGGAAACUACACCUGUAAAUGACAUCAACACUUCUAUAUAACUUUCAUUUUUCCAGAGAUUGCCUAAGUAAUGAACUGAUAUUACAUGUUUUUUAAGUUUGUUUUCUGUAAAGGAAAGAAUAAGACAAGUAUACGAAAGCCUAUUUGAAUAAUAUGAAUGAAGUAACAAAAUAGUCAUCAAAGGAAAACAAAUUUG